UAUUUAACCCUGCACUUGUCAGGAGAACAGAGACUGGACAAGCAGACCUGAUGAGUGAGGACCAGAAAGGGAUGUGAGAGACUUUUCUUUUUCAACGUGCACUUGGACUCCAGAAUAUUUUGUUUUCCCAUCAGGACACUGGCCAUGUCUGAGAGUAUUGUAAGGAAGGUACAGCCAUUCACGAUCGGGACCAAGCUGUCUGUCCCUACUGUGCCCAAAUGCCAGGAGAUUACGCAGAGUUAUCUGCAAAGCCAGAACUUUGAUAACUGCACACUCCAGCAGAACCUGAACUCGCUCUACCUCAGUCGACAGCAGGUCUGCGCUCAUGGCCCCUGUCUGGUCUUGCCCACCGGCCAACAGGUAGCCCCUGUAAAAGACAACCAGAAAGACAUGGCCACAGAGGACCACCUCAACCAGAACGCCUCUCUUUCGUCCGCUGUUUCGAGAUCCAUCAAAAAGAUUAACAUCUCGGGGAAUAAGGAAAGAGCAGAGGACGCUAUUUCAGUGGGACAGAGACAGCGAUCUGUUUUGAGAGCCACUUCAGAAAACCAUAAUAAUAACAACAACAACAUUAGCAGCACAUCAGAUCCCAACAUGCCUAGGACUGUGGGAAUCAACUGUGAGAAUAAACCUAACUCUCACUUCAAGGUUUUCGUUGAAGAUUAUUCAGCUGCGCAGGGACAAACCAGACCCAAACUAAAUGGAGAAAAUCCAGUCCAACAGGCUGAGAAAUGGAUGAAAAGCAAACGGCAAGACCUGAAGGAUGACUCCAAAAUUCAGUGCUGCCCCCUGCAGGACUGGGAUGAAGCCUCACAAAUCCUCCAGAGAGACCUCAAAGACUUUGACAACACCCUCAUCCAGCUCAACCAGACAGGCGAUCAACUUAUCUGCAACCUGAAUCCGACCUCUGACCUUGUGAAGAAGCAGCUGAGCCAGCUAAAAGACCAAUGGAACAUUCUGAAACAGACCGCUACCAAUCAGUCCAGGGUGCUGGGAGGGGCCAAAAAUGUGCAGGAGUUCAACAAAAAAGUGGAUAAACUAGAAGCCUGGAUUAAAGAGAAGGAAGAGGAGCAGUCUCUUAUAAAUGUCAUGGGGGAAAAUGUUGACAAAAUGCAGCUAACCAGAAGAAUUUUAGAUUUGAAACAGGAUGAGCAGUUACAUAGAACCCUCCACGAAGAGAUCAAUCAUUUGGCCCUCAAACUGGAGAAACAAGGGAAGGCAGACAGCAAAAGCAUUUCCAGCAGGCGGAAAAACGUCAAUAAAAUGUGGCUGAAAGUCCAGUCACACCUGAAAAAACACCAAGACAAUCUUCAUCUUGCAUUAGAGGUGUCAUCCUUCUACCAGCAGGCCGACAACACAAUAUUUGUCAUCAAUAACAUGAUGAAAAGCAUAAACGCCUCCAAAGAGCCGGACCUCUUCGGAGACAGGGAAAUCCGAGACAUUGCCAGUCAAAUCAUGAUGUUAGAUGUGAGCGUGUCACAGCUGUCUAAUCUCCAUCCUGCCUUGGCUGCCGGAGUAACACAGAAGCAGAGUGAGCUCAAGGACUGCUGGGUGUCUCUUCAGAAGGUUUUUAGGAGUGACCGGACCGCCCUCUCUCCCACGGGCUCAACAUUCACCAGGGAAGACGCUGACCCUUUGACACCAGCCCAAGAACUCCAUUGCAGCAUGGGAACGGAGAGUCGAAGGAUCAUGGGAAAGCAAGGGACAGACUGGCAUCCUAAGGGCUUUAUGAGUACAUCCGAAGGCUGUGCGAGUGCUAGGCAAAGCCAGCCACAGCAAUCUGUGAACCACACCUCUUCACCCAUGAGAGUUGGCCCUGCCUUUGCGAAUGAUCUCACCGGCAGUCAUCAGUCGAGGAGGGAAAGCAGGAAGCCUAAAAUUGAGCCCAAGCAUGCCACUGCACCGCGAGGCCACACACAGCUUCACAUACAGCUCCAGAAGUUCACUGUGUCUGCUGACAAGACUUUGUCCUGGCUGAAAGAUAAUGUUUCAAUGGCUACACAAGUGUGUUCAAUAGCCACCUCUGAGGGCCUGGAGGCAGCCAGGAGGUGCCAACAUGCAGUGCAACAAGAAAUCAUCACCAAUAAAGCCAGAAUAGAGGUGGUCAAACGAGAGGGCCAUGGGCUGGUCCGUGCACAACACCCGGGCAGCGCCAAGAUCCAACAGUUCCUCAGCCAGCUGGAGGUGCUGUGGAAAGAGCUGCAGAGAAGGCACCAGAGAAAUGCUGGCUUCCUGCAGGCCUCUGAAGAUCUGGGUUUUAAGGUUGUUAAAGUACAUCAGGCUCUGGGGAGCCUGGAGGCCUGGUUGGGCUCUGUAGAGCUUUCCAUUGAGGAGUCCUCACUAGCCAGUGACCCUGAAACCAUGACGAUAGCAGAGCAGGAGAGCUGUCUGCUGGAGAAAGAAGUUGCCGUACGCAGCCUGGAGCUGAGUGCUCUAAGACAAGAAGUGGAGCACCUCCACGGCCACGGUCACCCGCACACACGAGGCUUGCCAGCUCGUAUGGAGGAGGUGGAGAGAAAAUACCAAAGUGUCCUAAGUUCCCUGACUCAGCAGAGUUCCAAACUGCAGGACACGCGCAUGCUUACGGAGUUCUUGGAGCGUGUGGAGUUGGAGGAGAGUCAGGAGCUUGACAGCAGUAAAUGUUGUUUUGUUCAGCCUCUCCACAGUAAGAUCUCAUCCAUUCCUGACUUGCUGGGACUUCAAAGCAGUGAUGGGGGUGACCUUAUGGAAGGCAUGGGUGACCCUGUAGAGGAAUUACAAGAGGCUGUAGAGAUGCUGAAUGACACCGUGAGAGUGAGAGGCCGGUCACAGAAUCAUGACCAGGCCUUACAGGAACUAAUGAGCAACCAAACCAGGCUGGCCGUAUGCAUAGAGGAGUGUCUCUGCUGCUGCAAGGAACUUAACUUGGACAUCCUUGAGAAGGAGACAGACAUGGCCGUCCAAUGUGAACUAGAUCACUGCGGCCUUGAGGCUCUGCAAGAGAGGCAUGAUCAACUGGAGAUUGACUAUGAAGUUCUCACAGACAAAGUGAAGGAGAUGGAGAAACAGGCUUCUUCUUUAAGGGAGCUCUGCCCAGAUAGAGUGUGUGUACUGUGGGCGAGGAUUCAAACAACACUGCAGGCCUGGACAGAGUUGGGAAAGAGCGUGACGGAGAUUAAAUCCCGUCUGCAAGAGUUUUGUCAUCUCCAAGGCUUCUUCAGGAGCUACCUCACCAUGAUCUCAUGGACAGAAGACACCAGGUCAUGCAUUUUCUCUGAAACGUCCUUGCAUCUGAGGGAAGAUGGGCUGAGUCCAAUGGCCACAGAGCUCGAUAUACAAAUUGAACAGAAGUUUGAGGAGUUUGAUGAGCUAGCGGCGACUGGGACAAACAUUUUAGACAAAGAACAUCCCCUGUCUCAGAUGGUAGGAGAGCGCAUGGAGGAACUGCAGAGUAUGCUUGGGUGGAUUUCGGUGCACUGGGGAGCGAAGAAAAAAGAGUGGAUGCAUAGGAUGCGUAGACAGGAGCACUUAAUAGAUAACAUUUAUUCUGAGGCCACAUUCUCCCAAUUAACAGAGGGUAUAUAUUCUUAUGAGUCCUGUCAGUCUUCAAAAGCAAUCUCAGAAGAAAGAACAUCAAAGAAAAAGGAAGACACUCAGACCUCAGAUCUGUUCCCUGGGUAUGUGCAGCAGCCAGAGGACGGCUAUGAAAUCAUGAAAAGCGUUGCUCAGCGGGAUGGUGAGUCCCUGCAAUCAGAGUCUCCCACACCCGCCAUCAUGGUCAGAAAAGGACCCAGCAGUCCCUCUUUGGGGGGCACGGUCAACCUCAUCCUUAGCUUUGGUAACACAGGAGACAACCAGGUUGAGGUGCUCGACUCUCCUGCUCGGAUUGAUGAGGUUGUGGAAGAGACUUCUGAGACCCUCCACAGGGUGAGCACCUACAUGCAUGUUAAGGAUAACAACUUGGCUGUGGCUCCCGUGUAUGAGAGUAUCACACUCCCUCGCCAAAAGAGCAACUCAACAUCUUCAGCCUCCUCUACCAUUUUGCCACCCUCCUCCUCACCAUCCUCCUUGAUGCCUGCUCCUCAGACAACUGUUUCUUUUCACCCUUUGAACGGGAGGACUGGAAACAGCACCAUCUUUAGUAGCCUCAAGAGAAUAGGCAAGAAGAGAAAGAGAAUGAGAGACACUCGCAGGCAUACUAUCCAAAAAGUCAUGGGGGUGGACGAGGAAACAGAUGAGCCUCGUUACACCAGUGAAAUAUUCACAUAUGACACUCACACGUGGCCGCUGAAAGAGGGUCGGAGGAGGAAAAGUGCACAACGGUGUGAGGAUGGAGUUGACGCUGUGGCUGACAUGCAGAAUCCCCUGUUGAGGGACAUAGAGUGCACUGGAGAAAACACUAUUACACCAUAUGCAGUUUCAAAGGGACCUGCCAGUCAGGGAAGAGGCCACUGCAGAUUCCUCUCUUUGGGUUCUGUGCUGAGUUUCGACCUUCCCAAAGACAUGACCCUCAUCCCCAGCAUUCCGGAUAUCAUUACCAUUGCUCCUCCAGAUUCCAAGAAAGGAGCUGGGACUGAUCCAGAUGCCAACUUCCAGCGGCACACAGCUUUAAGUUCCUUCAAACAAGCUCGACCCUCGACGGCCAACGCAAUCAGUGCAGCUAAAAUGAGCUCUGAGACACACAAGUCUACAGUUAUUAUGAAAGACUUGCCUCAUAACGGCUGCACUUUCAACACACCUCCAGCUCCCUCGGAAGAAGAUGACAAUCGGAUCGUACCAUGCAGUGACUUAUACAGGAAACAGGUCAGUCAGCAGGAAGAUGGAGAGCAGGAGUGGAACGAAAUAUCAUCACUUAGUAAAACUGGAAAUUAUUACACAUUCCAGUCUUCCCAACUCCCAAUUUAUGUAAAUCACCCCCACCUGUCCACUCUUGCUGCCCAUAAACACCAGUGCCCAAGUGUCCAUACAUGUAUUCGGGACCUCAAUGGACACAAGUACCACAAAAGUGCAAUGAUCCAGAGUGUGCAUGAUGACAACCCAGGGCAGUGUCACCACCAAGCUUCUCACAUGGUUGUCAAUCUGAAGUCAGCUGUGAAUGUUCGUCAAGAUUCGGUGGACUCAGGCAUCUCCAGUUCUAGCAGUAUUAAACUUUGUCCUGAUGUACCUCAUCCAGAUAACACCCAAAUUAUCGGGGUCGUGGGGAAACUCAUGUCCCUCCAAGUGGGACGCAUUGACUGCACUAAGAUGACAGAGUGUGUGGGCCAAUCAAAAGCCAGCGAAGAGCUACAACAAGAGCCCGUCCACCUGGACCACCAACAGUUUGAGGAGGAAGAAGAAGAGCUGGAGGACAUCUGGAACCAAACUAGCAAUUUCCGGCAAAGUAUCUGUUCAGACAUCAUAUACCAGCCUAACCAAGAGGAGUCAUCAGAUCAACGGAGUGAGUCCAUCCGCUGCUUGUCUCCGAGCAAAGCUCCAGUUAUGCUCUAUCGAAACCUGGCCACAGCCUCAGAACCCAACCUUUUUGUGACUGAGUUGAAACUACCAUCUGACAACCAGAGCUUCCUGAGUCAUAACAAAGAAACCAGUUCCCUAGACCCACCACAAACUAUAAGAGACAGAAAGUCCUGGGCAGCCUUUCCAAAUAGGGACCACGUUGGCAAGACAUCAGUGGUUUUGAACGAAACAGCUGCUGAUCCAGUGAAGCUUCCAGACAGUGUUGAAAAUCAGAAAUACAUUUACCAAUACAGAGAGGAGGAAGAGGAAGAGGAGUCAAAAGGUGGAGAAGAAAUGGAAGAGAACACAGGCUGUUCAAAGAACCAGGCAACUCAAAACCUUGAAGUCGAGGAUCUGCAGGACAAAUCAAAAGCCACAAGAGGGCGCUGUGACAACAUAGAUAAAACUCCUGUGCUGCAAUCUCUGGAGGGAACUCUUGAGAGGAAGCAAAAGCUUCAACUUGGAGGAAAGAAAGCAGCCUCCAGAGGCUGGUGCUCGUGUCAUACGGUCUUAUAUGGACACACAUUGUGCUUUUAUCAGGAUAAAAAGGAUACACUGAGGAGUUCUGUUUGUGGCCUGCCUCUGAACCUCAUUGGCGCCGAGUGUUCCCCUGCACCAGACUACACCAAAAAGCCCAACUGCUUCCGUUUAAGGCUGCGUGAUGGCUCAGAAUAUCUGUUCAAUACUUCGUCACGCUUCAUGAUGAAGAAAUGGAUGAUGGGAAUACAAGCAAACACAGGUCCAAAUCAGUCUUCAUUGUCAAGCAUCCCAGUGGAUCAAGACAUCAACUUUGCCUUAAGCCCUCCUCUUUGCUCAGGCUGCUAUGGUCUGGCCAAAUGCUACUGCUCCACCCAACAUGAUACGACCUCCACGUUCCCCACACAGAAACCCACUGCCAAAGACAUGGUUGUCCUGGCCAGAGAGUUCAACCACAUGCCACACCUAAGAAGUUUGGAGAUAAAGCGGAACAUCUCACCCACACAUGGACACUCCUGCAAUGACGGUAAUGAUUACGGCAGCUGCAAGCAGACUCAUAGAAAUGAGAGAGAAAGCACAUCUGGCUCUCCUUUGUCCGUGUCAUGCAGCAGCAAGCGUCGCUCCCACUCCUUCACUUCCGCGACGUACCAGAAGAUCCAUGCGGCCCAGCAGACGUGCGGAGGCCUGGAGAGAGGGUCCCAGUACUGCGUGACACUGGUGCUGGGGGACUCUGGAGCUCCUGCAGGGACAGCAACGGGAUGGCAGCAGGCCAGGAUCUCCAACAGCGGCCUGCUCCGGCCUCGGAACAAGUCUGUUUUUAAAAAGUUCUUUGGCAAAAAGGACCCGUAAGCGUCUAAUGUGCAGCGCACAUGUUUUCAUUCAAACACAUCGACUACUGACCAUAUUUAUACUUAGCGGCGCUACCGUUUUUUUUUUAAUGUGUGUGUUAAGAGUCAUUUUUUACAAGUGUGUGUUUUCUUAUUUUCACAUUUGCCUUUUGUUUCUCUCUAUAGUGUGUGUGCACAAAGCAGCUCUGCAGGAAGUCUGUGUAGAAAAAAAACAUUUGCAUGCUAAACAAAGUGAUAACGCCAACGAAAUGCUAAAACUCAUCACAUUAUCGCGCCACAUAAUUGCACCCCCUUUCCAUUUGCUCAGUGUGUGCUGAAUCCAAUUAUUUUCUUUUUCCGCCAAAGUCUGCAGUUUGACACUGCUUGUUUGUUGCAUGGAUCAUUCUUAA